UAUCCUGUCGGCCUAUUGAGUGUUGCUUAUGAUCAUAGAAAGAUGUCAGCAAAAUGACUGAACUGACCCUUCACAAGCUGAUGAUAGAAACCUGCUCCAAGUUCCCCCAUCACUUGGCAGCCAUAUUUGAUGACGGUUGCCAUGGUGCCGAGGUGGUAACAUACAGACAGGUUCUGGAGACCGCAAACACAGUAACAUCCCUUCUAAAUGCUCACUCCAAGUGUGGGGAGAUCAUCGGCCUUUAUGCGGAGCCUGGCAUCACCUUGCCUGCUUUCAUUCUUGGUAUUCUGCAACUCCCUGCUGCCUACGGCCCUAUUGAUCCACAUGCUCCAAGCUCCAUCAAUGAGUAUUUCAUCAAAGAAGUUGGCAUCCGUAUCGUCUGUGUACAGAGCUGUCUAUUAGAGCACUUUGCCAAUGGUCUAGGCCAAAGCUUUGAUUGGGAACUCUGCCACAAUGUAGACCAAGAGCCGAUGUCUUCUGGGCUAGUUCCAGUGCGACUAGAAGCCACCAAGCACAACAAGCAGGACCUGUGCAAUGGAGACAGAGAGGAACAGUCCUCUUCUCUGGCAUAUGCUCUCCAUACCUCAGGGACGACUGGCAGGCCUAAGAUAGUGCGAGUGCCACACUCUUGUAUAGUACCAAACAUUUUGGAUCUUAGGGUGAUUUUCACUAUCACCGAAGAUGAUGUGGUCUUCAUGGCUUCACCUCUGACCUUUGACCCCAGUGUGGUAGAGAUGUUCAUGACCUGGAGCCAGGGAGCAACCCUCCUGAUGGUACCUACCAAGCUCAAGAUGGCUCCCAGCUCUCUAGCCCAAGUCCUAAAGAGAAACCAUGUGACUGUUUUACAGGCCACGCCAUCCCUCGUAUCCCGCUUCUCAUCCUCGGCGUUGCAACAAGAUCUUCUUGGUGCCUCCUCUACCCUUCGCCUCCUUGUUUUCGGGGGCGAAUCCUGCCCUACUCCUGCUUCCAUCGCCCGCUGGAGGGGGGCUGGGAACCGGACAGAGUUCAUCAAUCUGUACGGAAUCACCGAAGUAUCCAGCUGGGCUGCCUGCUUCAAGAUUCCAGAGGAGUGGAUAGAGGAGAGACUAGAUUACCAUAUUCCAUUAGGAGAUGCACUGAAAGACACCAUACUUCAAGUCAGAGAUGAAACCGGGCGAGAGCUUGAAUCAGGCAUAGGGGAGGUGUUUAUCGGGGGAUACCUGCGUGUCUGUUUCCUUGGUGAUGAAGAGUUACAAGUGUUAGUGAGGAGAGACCAACUGGUAAUGAGGUCAACUGGAGAUAUGGUAGAGGUCACCAACAGAGGGCUCCUCUUUCUCGGCCGUCAGGACGAUCAAGUCAAGCGUCAUGGCAAACGAAUAAGUCUCUUUCAUGUUAAACAGGUAAUUGAAGCCUGCCCAGAUGUUGAAUCCUGUGAUGUCAUCCAUACAGACGGCAGGUUGAUUGCAUUCUACACUCCGUCCGGCAAACACCCUACCUCAACACCAGGUCCAGUCGAGCAGCGGUCUGGUCAAGAAAAUGAUAUCAUCCAGAAGACCUUCUCUCCUCUUGGAUCUGCCUCACCACCACUACCAUCACCAUCGUCGUCAUCACCGGUCAUGCCGUCGUUUGAUCUGGAGUUAAGUGAUACGUCAGCUGGAGUAGCAAGACCAACAGGAAAACAAUCAGUUUCUUCAAUUACAUCACUGAACAAGUUAAAAUAUGAUCCAUCCAGCCAGUCAGAUUGGUCAAGUUUAGAUUUCAAUCACAAACAAUCCUCAAAUAUAUCUGAAAUAGAUCUAGGUGACUGUUCGCUUGAUCUGGAAUUAAGUGAUACGUCAGCUGGAGUAGCAGGGCCAACAACUGGAAAACAAUUGGUUUCUUCAAUGACAUUACUAGCUGAGUUAAGAUAUAAUCCAUCUACUCAGUCAGCUGAUGGAUCAAGUUUAGAUUUCAAUCACAAACCAUCGUCAAAUAUAUCUGAAAUAGAUCCAGGCGACUGCCAAAACAAUGGCCGUGUAUCCGUAGCUAUCAGAGCAUUAGUGCCUUCGGAGGAUUCAAAGACCUCUUUGGGUAGGGUCCUGCAGCCUCCGAGGAGUGUUGCGAAGUAUCUGAGAGGGGCACUUUCAAGUCAUGCUAUCCCGGACCGGUUUGUGGCCCUGCAGGAGCUCCCCAUCACAAGACAUGGCAAGGUGGACACGGCAGCGCUGAAGGAGCUUCUUUGGCAGCUUGAAGCAUCUGAAAAGGAGAGGAGAGAGAAGCAGAACAUCAGAGGCCAAAGGUCAACGGGAAGAUGGCAGGAGAUUCUGGUCAGAGAGUGGAAGAACUGUCUCUUCUUGGCUGAAUCGGAUGCCAUUGGGGACCAUGACUCCUUUGUGACACUGGGUGGAGAUUCCUUCCAAGCUCUGCGCUUGGUCAAUUCUCUUGAAGCUUCCCUUGGCAUGCCUCUGCCUGACCUCAUGGAUGACCUCCUGCAUCGGACCUUCUCCAAGGUUCAGCAGACCUUCGGGCAACAUCUUCAACAGACUACUUGCUGCCAAAGUGAUCUUGAAAGCCAUCAGGACAUGGACACUAAAAAUCAGAAGACAAGCAUUGAUUCAGAACAUUUUAUCGAAAAUCAUCACCAAGAAUACGAAGGUGAUAAGGAGGAACAGUUUGCCAAUAAAAACGUAGACAAAUUAUUUGCUGCAAGCACUGGCAAGGAAGCUGUUCCAGAUAAUUGUCUUCUUGAUAAUAAACCAACUCAGAUUGCUGUGAGAUCUGUGGAAAAUCAGGACUUAAACAUAUCAUUUUCUGAACACCAAAAGGACAAUUUUUUAGGAGUGGACUCUGCAACUCGAGGUAGGAAAAUGGAUGAUGAUUUGCUGACCAGUCAAGCACUCAAAAGAAAACUUUCCUCUAGAGAUCCUCUGGAUGAUGCAUCUUCAAAGAAGACAUCAAUUAGCCAAGAGAGAGCGCCUCCGUUAGGCUCUGACAGGGUAAAUUCACAGCCAAAUUAUCCAGAUACCCAAAGGAACUGCAUUGUUUCAGUCCGGAGAGGUACCCAGAUUCUACAUCACAACUGCUUUCGGGAUAGGACAUCAGAAGGGGGCCAUGGAGCGUGUGCGGAGCCAUCCGUUGAACAGUCAGAAUGCAGUGUAAAUACAGGAAAGCUCUGCUUUGAAGAAAAUUGGAGAGUGGACACUGGGAAAUGCGUUGAUGCUUCACCUCUUGUAGUGUGUACCAGCUCCAGCCAAACAGUCUACAUUGGCUCACACUCUCACCGAUUUGUCGCUAUCACCAUGGAAACAGGGAAUGUCUUAUGGGAGGCGGUGUUAGGUGAUCGAGUGGAAUCAUCGGCUUGUCUGUCUGCUUGUGGAAAAUACGUCAUUGUCGGUUGCUAUGAUCGUUUUGUGUACUGCCUGUCUGUAUCGUCUGGAGACAUUUGUUGGAAGUAUGAGACUGGAGAUGUGGUCAAAUGCUCACCAGUCUGUGAUGUCACAAAUGGACUGGUGUACAUCGGAUCACAUGACCAACACAUCGUGGCGUUGCAAGUUCAGGAGGAGAAAUGUGAGAUGAAAUGGCGAUCCCACUGUGGUGGUGGAUCCGUCUUUGCCUCACCCUGUAUCCACCAUGCCUCGGGAACUGUAGUAGCAGCUACUCUGAGAGGACGUGUCGUAGCAUUCAACAAGGAGUCUGGAGAAAUGAAGUGGUCAUUCGCCUGCCCAAAGCCAGUGUUCUCAUCACCUGUUGCUAUAGACAACAGCGUUCUUGUUGGAUGUGUGGAUGGCAUCAUGUACUGCCUAUCUCAUGCUGGCAUCCAGUUAUGGACCCACACGGUCGAUGGACCCAUUUUCUCAUCACCAUGCAUCUCAACCCUCCACCCACUCUCCCAGCCCCUCUCCAAAGAUGAACAACCAUCUCGUCACACGGUCAUCUUUGGAUCCCACAAUGGCUCUGUAACCUGUCUUGACCCCUCGACCGGUCAGCUCGAGUGGACCUCCAAAGUCUCUACCUUCCCCAUCUACUCCACCCCUUUCGGCUUCACCCGGGACGGUCAUCGCAGAGUGGCCGUCGCAUCGACGGAUGGUCGUGUCUGCACUCUAGAUAUGCAGACAGGCAACGUACUAACUGAAAUGGUGCUUCCGGGUGAAGUGUUUUCAUCACCCGUCGUGAUUGAGGGUAAACAUGUCGUUGUAGGGUGCAGAAAUGAUUAUGUCUAUUGCCUUCAUUUGAAGGAAACUGAUUAGGAGACAGAAAUACUGCCAACAUAUUUCUUCCAUUUGGGGCAUUAUGAACUGGUAAGAAUACAUGAUAUCAGGGCUUGAAUAUGUGUGUGAUAUUUUAUAAUUAUGCUAAAGUUUAUAAUAAUGAUAGGCAUUUCUGUAGCGCCGUCUAUCUAGAAUUUCUAUUCUUACCUCCGGCUUUAGCCUAGCUGCCAUUACAGCACUCACAUAAUUAAGAAUUCGUAAAAUAAAUUUGCUUUCAUUGUCAGAUUUUUAUUCACAAACCUUGAGUUUCAGAAAAGAUAAAUUCUAGUCCAUCACUUACAAUUUCUAUCAAGUCUGUUAGUCUCAUACAAUGUAGCUGAUAGAGCCCUACAACUUACUUUUCUCCAUUUGCCAAAAAAGUGUGGAGCUCCCGCACAGAUGUUUUAACUGCAACAGAUUUUGCUUCUGGCAAGUACAUAUUCUGUAGGAACUCCCACGUUCCUAUGCAAGCAGCCUGGCACUGAACAUCCAGCACGUUUAUUAGUUUAAAACAAAAGUCUACUGCCUUGGUCAUUGUCUUGAACUUCAAUGCUUGUCUCACCACAAUAACGAAGAAUUAAAGGGGGUUGAUCCUUGAACCUAUCACCAGAAUGUAAGGCUGCGACAUCUUGUUUUUGUCAAUGCUGUCAUUAUAGAUAGAAUGUCAUAUCUGUCCCCUCAGGUUUCAUAUCAAUGAAAGAGUUGAGAUUUUCCCCUGUAGAACACUUCCCCUUCCUUCCUCUUCCUCUCCCGGUCAACACAAGUGGUAGGAGGCUAAAAGUAAGGUUCUUAGUUUACACUAGGAACCCUAAUACUGUGCAGUAGUAGUCCUAGGUACUUUAUUCUCCUGCUCAUCACCUAUCUAACGGAAUGGAAAUCCUAUGACAUUGAGUAAUGAUAAUAAUGUGUUGUUCUUGUAUAGCGCAUAUCACAUUGUUACAUAACGUCUCUAUGAACACCUAAAAUACACCACAUCAUCUCGUGAUAUUGGUGUUUUGUGUUCAGUGUUUCCUUUUCUUUCCUUCUUCAAAACGACCAUCAACGCUUUGAAGAUAUUAUUGCUCUCCAGAAAUUCAUUCUUAUCAGAUAAAUCCCAGUUCUUUUCAGCUUUGAAAUGUCGAUGAAGGGUAUAUCUAAUCGAUGGCAUGAAACGAUCAAUUUUCGUCUUAUCUUCACUGUCUGGUUUCCUCAGCGAAGCAUAAAAUGUCAUUAAAUAUUCAUCCAGCGCUUUCUUUGUGUCAGUCACAACAGCGAGAGACGCUCCAGUAACUUCAAAAAUUUCUCAAACUUAUAACGGCCAUAUUUAAUCGCCCUCUUUGUGUUUUUAAUAUCCACAUUUGCAUAAUUAGAAACAAUGGACGGAUUACUAUCACACUCAAGACAUGUAUGUAUCUUGCAGAGCCAAUGAACUGAUUAGAUUUUAGGGUCAUUAAGGUCAUAGGUCAACGGACAUCGGGCUU